CAGAUUCNUGAAUUUAUGCUACCCAUCUCGCAUUGUCUUACGCUUCAAUCUUCUUAACUUGAUGGGUUCCUCCUUUUGGGUCAAUAGAUGCCAAAACAAGCAGUAGCACACAGCAGAGGAGGACACAGACCCAAGAAUCUUUCGCCAUGGAACAAGUGAUUUGUUGUUUUGUCUUGAACUCAGAGUUGGGUAAUGCUAUGCAUUCGGAGGAGAACAAAGAUUCGACCGAGAAGAACAAGAAACGGAAGCUGAAGACACCAACCCAGUUGAUUGCUUUAGAGAAGUUCUACAAUGACCAUAAGUAUCCGACCGAGGAAAUGAAAUCACAGCUUGCAGAGCAGCUAGGCUUGACUGAAAAGCAAAUAUCUGGAUGGUUUUGCCACAGAAGAUUAAAAGACAAACGAUUUUGUGAAACAUAUACGAGCGUUCGACAGGAUCGUUCCAGUGGUGUUAUUCAAGAUCAUGGCAGUGGACUUGCACAAGAUUCAUGUGGUAGCACCAAAAAUGGAGACUAUUGGCACGUUGAUCCACGUGAAGUCGAGAGUCAAAAGCCUUACGGUCGUGAGCUAGCUACGGAUAAUGUUCUUGAGCGUAGGAGUCACUAUGCAGAAAAUGUUAGUAAUAUGGAAAAUACAUCUUCGGAAAGCAGCUCGUCUUUAAAAGAUAGGUUAUUAUCUCAAAGUGAGAAUCCAUAUGAUACAGAAGUUUCUCAGUAUUUAACACAUGACAGCGCUUUUCCACCGUCGAAUCCAAAGGCUUUAAACUCGCUGCGAUACAAACCGUCUGGCUAUUUAAAAGUGAAGGGGGAAGCUGAAAAUGCUGCUAUUACUGCUGUUAAGAGACAGUUGGGCGUGCAAUAUCGGGAGGAUGGUCCUUCACUUGGCGUUGAAUUCCAGCCACUUCCGCCUGGUGCAUUCGAGUCCCAAGCUAAAGGUCCAAUCCAUGAUUCAUACUAUGUCGGAAAUGCACUACUUCCUCGUUCUCCAGACACGUUGACGAUGAAGAAACAACGAGCUCUCGUCUCGAGGUAUGAAGUGCUUAGUUCAAAUAUGAGUUCUCAGGACUCAUAUAUGGAGGAAGCAGCCCCCACUGGCAUUACCUGUAGACCUGAGUGUCAGGAAAAUAAUUCUAUUUACCCUUUAAAGAAAAGUUCCAACUAUUACAACAAAACCGAGCCGUUUCCCCGCCAGAACUCUCCCUUGAAUAUGUACGAGGAAUCCGGUGGGUUGACACUUUCUAGUAGUAGUAAAAGGGAUCACCGAAUGAACUCGGACUAUAACGUUCCUAGAAGUAGGACGGGCUCUGUUUCCAACAACCAUGGCUCCUACUCUUCGAAAGUUGCUAGUGAACAGACAGAGAUGCCGUUGCAUAACCGUGGCAGUGUUGGCUCGAAGAGUUUUUGUAGGAGUGGUUAUUUGGACUAUAAUCCUAAAAAGAUGCCAAAGGAAAUGUUCAAUGGAGAAGAGAAGGCAGUAAAUGAAAGUAGUGAUCCAGUUAGAGGGAAGAUCCCACCAACAAAUGAGUUGACUGUUGCAUAUCGAUGUCCGUUGGAUUUACCUCGGUCAGGCUAUGCAGCUAAAGCGUCAUUUUCUGAAAAACCUGGGCGGAAAAAUCAUACUAGCAGGUCCACAAUGGAGAUGCCAUACAGCUUCACCGUUGACGAAGCUGAAGAUACCAGCUCAUCGUUAGAUUGAGUAACGGUAGAGGCUCGACAAGGUCGUCUGAUUCGGGUACAUAAUUUGGAGUUAUUGUAAAUUGGGUAGCAAUGUUAGUGAGUUGCAGCAAACCUUAGGCAGAUUCUGGCUGUCAGGUUCUCUCCCUCUCCUCUCCUCUCCUCUCCUCUCGUGUGUAUAAGUACAAAGCCUGCAUGUUUUUGUUUUUGUUUUUGUGCAUGGAUGUUGGAUCUCGUAUCGGGUCAGGUCACGUCGAUUUGUACUGCUGUAAUUUUGUUUGAUUGACAGAGAAGCGUCGUCGACAAUGUAUUAUAACUGCACUGUUCAUUUACGACUCAAUAUGUUUGAUUCAAGGCGCUGUUUCAAAGUGUUAA